AUCGACCUUAUCGUUUCACCGUACGUUUUCAAUUCAAACACAGCCCAAAAAAGAGAGGGAAUACAGAGGUGAAAUAGAAAGCGAACAUGGCUCCAAAGAAACGUGGAGGAAGGCCGCGCACGACGGUGGUCACCGCCAGGAAAGUGGUGGAAGAAACCGUCUCCGUCGUUGUAACGUCACCUGUCGGCGAAACUGAGACGGAGACUCAAACUCUAACUCAAAGCCAGAGUCAGCCCACUGUUGAAAUUUUUUCUUCUUCUACCAAAGAAUCAUUUGAUAUUUUAACUCCACCACCUUCAGAAGAACCAAUACCUAAAAGAACCAUUUCUGUUGAAGACAAGUCUACGCCACAACGUAAGAAAAAGGAGCAAGAAAGACAGCCUCAGGAAUUAGAGGAACAGAGAGUGCAGCAGCAAGAUGAAGACGAAACACAACCGGCUUCAGAGCCAGAAGAGAUGCCAACACCUCCAAAAAUGCAAGAGGAAAAAAAAGCCCAAAAAAGAAAACCCGAAGCUGCAAAGAAGACAACACAAGCUAAAGGCGGAACAGAGGAAGAGGGAAAGAGGAAAAGGAAAAGGAAGAGGGCGAAAGUGGGUGGGGGAGUAGGACCCAGUGAAGGGUACAGAAGGUAUGUAUUUAGGGUGAUGAAGCAAGUUCACCCGGAUAUGGGAAUUUCAUCAAAAGCUAUGACUAUAUUAAACAAUCUGAUGGGGGAUAUGUUCGAGAGAAUCGCCGGUGAGGCGGCGACGCUGUCGAAGUAUGUCGGGCGGGCGACGUUGGCGUCGGUGGAUAUUCAGGAUGCGGUUAAGUUGGUGUUGCCGGGAGAACUAGGGAAGCAUGCCAUUGCUGAAGGGACAAAAGCUGUGACUACUUAUGUGUCUAGUGUUGGUGGAGGAGAUAAGUCCAAGUCCAAGUCCAAAUCCAAGGCCUAGUGAACUGAAAUUUAAUGUUUUGUAGUGUGGGUUUAUGGACAUUUAGUUUGUGUUUAGUUAAUUUGCUUCAACUCUUUUUUGGCGGUUCUAUGCCUUCAUGGAAAUGCACUGCAUGCAAAAUGGGGCUCUUUUUUGUAAAUUUUUUUUUUUGAUUUGCAUGCUUGUGAGUUGUUGCUAUAACUUGGUAUUCGGAUGUAUUUAAUGUUUGAUUAUUUCCUUUCUCGGUUAUAGGCUGGUUUGUUGUUUUA